GGGAAGCCCCAAAACCAAAACUUCCCCCAAACCCACAACCCAGUAGUCUCAGUCGGUCUUCUUUUCCAACCAUAAUCAAAAGAAAACCAGACCACUUCUUUGUAAUUGUACCCCACACCACACGUCUUUGUUUCUCUAAUCUCCUUUUCAUCUCUCCAUAAUUCCCUACCAUUAAACUACCCAUCUAUCUAUCUUUUGUAUUUUCUUUCUUUUUUUCGGUUUUUUAGGCCACGGGGACCUGCACAUCUAUUAUCACUAUAGCCAAGAUUUGCCAGAUUGAGAGAGAUAGAUAGGUUGUAGCUACCAAAAUACCCAAACCCAUUAUUAAAAAAAAGGGCACAACACCAAAAGGUUCCCACUUGAAAACCCAUCACACACAUAACCCACAAAUUUUUUUCACCCAAUCUCACAACCCAAUUGGGAAAAAGGUGAUCUUCGGGCAAAACUCCCCCUUCUUUAAAGAGAGGUGGGUGGGCAAAUAAUCAGUGAUAACAUAUGCAUCAGAUGGCACCACUAUUUUUAGUGUAAGAUCAUGGAAGUGCUCCCUUGCUCCAGCGUUCAGUGUGUUGGACAAUCUGAUUGCCCUCAACAUAGUUCAGCAACCACUUCUGUCUAUGAUGGAGAAUCCAACUGCCUUGAACAUGAGAAGCAAGUGCAUGUGCCAGAUGGCAGAGUAGAUGACUUAUUACCAAAUGUGGAAGGGCCUCAACUAGUAAGACAAGGUCAAGUUCAAGAGGCAGUUGAUGAAUUGCAUACUUCAGAAGGAUGUCAAAAUGGAGCUUCAUGUCUUGAUAGUCAAGCGGAGGGCCAAAAGUCAUCCAGUAUAUCACAUGAUUUUGACGAUGAUGACGUCAAUGAACAGAAUUACUGCACAGAACCUUGCCUAACGUCUGACAAUGGUCAUCUGAUUGUAGAUAGCAGGGAAAGUGAAUUGCCAAACAACAGAAGGGAAGGAGAGUCGUAUCUUUCAGAAUCUACAUGGCUAGAAAGUGAUGAAUCUGUGGCAUUGUGGGUCAAGUGGAGAGGGAAGUGGCAGACAGGAAUUCGAUGUGCGCGAGCUGACUGCCCCUUAUCAACUUUGAGAGCAAAACCAACUCAUGACAGGAAAAAAUAUUUUGUGAUAUUUUUUCCGCACACAAGGAAUUAUUCUUGGGCAGACACGCUACUUGUUCGUCCGAUCAAUGAAUUUCCACAUCCUAUUGCAUAUAAAACACAUAAAGUUGGACUAAAAUUGGUAAAAGAUUUGACUGUAGCACGUCGGUUUAUUAUGCAAAAGUUAGCUGUUGGAAUGCUGAAUGUUGUUGACCAAUUUCAUACUGAGGCUUUGAUAGAGACUGCUCGUGAUGUGGCCGUCUGGAAGGAGUUUGCAAUGGAGGCUUCUCGCUGUAAUGGCUAUUCUGAUCUUGGAAAUAUGCUUCGGAAGCUGCAAAGUAUGAUAUCACAGAGCUACAUAAAUUCUGACUGGCAAGAAAAGUCAUAUCACCUUUGGGUGCAACAGUGUCAGAAUGCGUCUAGCGCUGCAACUGUUGAAGUACUGAAGGAGGAAUUGGUUGAGUCUAUUCUCUGGAAUGAAGUUCAGUCUCUCCAGAAUGCACCAUUGCAGCCUACAUUGGGUUCUGAGUGGAAAACUUGGAAGCAUGAAGUUAUGAAAUGGUUUUCAACCUCUCAUCCCAUAUCCAAUGGUGUAGACUUUCAACAGCAGAGUAGUGACGGUCCCUUGGCCACAAGUCUCCAAACUGGCAGGAAAAGGCCCAAGCUUGAAGUUCGUCGUGCAGAGGCACAUGCUUCCCAGGUGGAAUCCAGGGGUUCAGAUGAGGCUAUAGCUAUUGAAAUUGAUUCUGAAUUCUUUAAUAAUCGAGACACUGCAAAUGCUUCUACAUUAGCAUCAGAGCCCUACAAAGAAGAAGAUAUGAAAGAUAUAGCUGCACAGACAGACACACCUAGUGAUGUUGCUCAUAAAUGGGAUGAAGUCGUACUUGAAGCUGGAAAUUCUGAGUUCAACCGAACCAAAGAUGUGGAAUUUACACCAGUCAAUGAAGUAGCUGCUGUAAAAUCUUCUGAUCCUGGAAGUAAAAAUCGACAGUGCAUUGCUUAUAUUGAAUCCAAGGGAAGGCAAUGCGUGAGGUGGGCAAAUGAUGGUGAUGUUUACUGUUGUGUGCAUUUGUCCUCUCGUUUCAUGGGCAACUCUACGAAAGCAGAAGGGUCUCACUCUAGUGAUACACCAAUGUGUGAAGGAACAACUGUCCUUGGAACUAGAUGUAAGCAUCGAUCUUUAUAUGGCUCCUCAUUUUGUAAGAAGCAUAGACCAAAAGAUGAUAUGAAAACCAUCUUAAGUUUUCCAGAGAAUACACUUAAGAGAAAGUAUGAGGAAACCAUUCCAAGUUUAGAGACCAUAAACUGCAGAGAGAUAGUAUUGGUCGGAGAUGUUGAGAGUCCUCUACAAGUGGAUCCUGUCUCAGUCAUGGCUGGUGAUGCCUCCUAUGAAAGAAAGAGCUUAUUUGAAAAGUCUGAGUCUCCUGCCAAAGCUUGUAAUAGCUCAGGAGAGCUGCGUUGCAUAGGCUCUUGUUUGCAUGAUAACAGCAACCCUUGUCUGGAAAGUCCAAAGAGGCAUUCAUUAUAUUGUGAAAAGCACCUCCCAAGUUGGCUCAAACGUGCAAGAAAUGGUAAGAGUAGGAUAAUAUCAAAAGAAGUGUUUAUAGAUCUUUUGAAGGAUUGUCACUCACAGGAGCAAAAGUUUCAGUUGCAUCAAGCAUGUGAGCUCUUUUACAAGCUUUUUAAAAGUAUACUGUCUUUAAGAAAUCCUGUUCCUAAGGAUGUUCAAUUUCAGUGGGCCCUAUCUGAAGCUUCUAAAAAUUUUGGUGUUGGGGAAAUAUUCACAAAGUUGGUUUGCAGUGAGAAGGAGAGACUCAGAAGAAUUUGGGGAUUCAAUACUGAUGAAGAUACAGGUGCUUUGUCCUCUGUCAUGGAAGAACAAGUUCUGUUGCCAUGGGCUGUGGAUGACAACCAUGACAGUGAAAAAGCCAUUAAGUGCAAAGUUUGUUCUCAAGAGUAUGUGGACGACCAAGCACUUGGAACUCACUGGAUGGACAAUCAUAAAAAGGAAGCACAAUGGCUGUUUAGAGGUUAUGCAUGUGCCAUCUGCCUGGAUUCUUUUACUAAUAAGAAAGUAUUGGAAGCUCAUGUUCAGGAGAGACACCGCGUACAAUUUGUUGAACAAUGCAUGCUUCUCCAGUGUAUUCCUUGUAGAAGCCAUUUUGGGAACACAGAGCAGUUAUGGUUGCAUGUGCUUGCGGUUCAUACUGAUGAUUUCAGGCUCUCUGAAGCUUCUCAACCUAUUCUGUCUGCUGGUGAUGAUUCUCCAAGGAAGCUUGAGUUGUGCAAUUCAGCUUCUGUGGAGAAUAACUCUGAGAAUUUAAGUGGUUCCCGAAAGUUUGUUUGCAGGUUUUGUGGGUUGAAGUUUGAUUUACUUCCCGAUCUUGGUCGUCAUCAUCAAGCUGCUCACAUGGGGCCAAGUUUAGUCAGUUCUCGGCCUUCAAAGAGGGGGAUACGGUAUUAUGCUUAUAGGUUAAAAUCUGGGAGACUUAGCCGUCCUAGAUUAAAAAAAAGUUUGGCAGCAGCAUCAUAUAGGAUCAGGAAUAGAGCAAAUGCUACUAUGAAGAAGCGAAUUCAAGCUUCGAAGGCACUUGGUGCAGGAGGAAUAAAUAUACAGCGUCAUGCAACUGAGGGAGCAAGUCUUUGUAGAUUAGCGGAAUCACAUUGUUCAGCAGUAGCCAGAAUUUUGUUUUCUGAGAUGCAGAAAACAAAACGCAGGCCCAGCAACCUAGACAUUUUAUCUGUUGCUCGCUCUGCUUGCUGCAAGAUCAGUCUUAAGGCCUUUCUGGAGGGAAAAUAUGGAGUAUUGCCAGAACAUUUGUAUCUGAAGGCAGCCAAGCUUUGCAGUGAGCAUAAUAUUCAGGUAGGUUGGCAUCAAGAUGGCUUUAUUUGCCCUAAAGGAUGCAAUGCUUUCAAGGAAUGCUUGCUGUCUCCCUUGAUGCCUCUUCCAAUUGGUAUUGUUGGGCACAAAUUUCCACCUUCAUCAGAUCCUCUUGACGAUAAGUGGGAGAUGGAUGAAAGCCACUAUAUUAUUGAUGCCCAUCACUUGAGCCAAAUUUCCUUCCAGAAGGCUCUUGUCUUGUGUAAUGAUGUAAGCUUUGGACAGGAAUUGGUUCCGGUGGUCUGUGUAGCAGAUGAAGGUCACUUGGAUUCUUAUAAUGCUCUUGCACAUAGUUCUAAUGACCAAAAUGCUGGGCAUUCCAUGCCUUGGGAGAGCUUUACCUAUAUCAUGAAGCCAUUGGUUCAUCAAUCCCUUGGACUUGAUACAGAGAGUGUGCAAUUGGGGUGUGUAUGCCCACAUUCAACAUGCUGUCCAGAAACGUGUGAUCAUGUGUACCUUUUUGAUAAUGACUAUGAUGAUGCAAAAGACAUCUUUGGGAAACCCAUGCGUGGCAGGUUCCCAUAUGAUGGGAAAGGUCGAAUUAUCUUGGAGGAAGGGUACCUCGUUUAUGAAUGCAAUCAGAUGUGCAGCUGUAAUAGAACCUGUCCUAAUAGGGUUUUGCAGAAUGGAGUAAGAGUGAAAUUGGAAGUCUUCAAAACAGAGAAAAAGGGGUGGGCAGUCAGGGCAGGUGAAGCAAUCCUGCGUGGCACAUUUGUUUGUGAGUACAUUGGUGAAGUUCUGGAUGAGCAUGAGGCAAAUGAUAGGCGCAACAGGUAUGGAAAAGACGGUUGCGGCUAUUUAUAUGAAGUUGAUGCUCAUAUUAAUGAUAUGAGCAGAUUGGUAGAAGGACAAGUCAAUUAUGUAAUUGACUCCACUAACUACGGAAAUGUUUCAAGAUUCAUCAAUCAUAGCUGCUCGCCUAAUCUUGUUAAUCACCAAGUUCUUGUGGAAAGCAUGGAUAGUCAGCGUGCACAUAUUGGUCUCUAUGCAAAUCGAGAUAUAGCUUUGGGGGAAGAACUAACAUAUGACUAUCGGUAUAAACUGCUUCCUGGAGAAGGAUAUCCAUGCCAUUGUGGAGCUUCCACAUGCCGGGGCCGGCUUUAUUAAACCUUGAAUGAACACUGUACUCUUGCUCGCACUUCAAUAAUGGGAAGGCAGAUUGUCAAGUGAAAAUAAUCUCUGCAUUGGUCAAUGGUGAGUUCUCGGUAAGAUCCAACUGUUUGAUUACAUAAUGAGGAUCUUGGAUCUUGCUGGAAAGCCAAGUCAUGAAGUGGCACAAGGGUUUGUUCAGCUCUGAAUCCGCUGCAAGACUGUAUGUUUUGUUCCUCAGGUAGAUUGUACCUAUGCCUUUUUAGUGUUUUUCGAAGAAUCGAGGAUGACAAGUUUCAAAUUUGUUGAUCCUGUAGCCGCUCGGGAUUAGCAAACUGUAGAUGGUUUUUUUGCUGGUAGUAGUUCUUAGGCCGUGUAGUGUGAUGGAAUGCUUAAAUAGCCAAUCUUAUAUGUCUUCUUAUUUUUUGGAA